AUGUCCCAUGCAGUACCAGAAAACAACACACAAUUCAUCCUUUUUUGUGGCCUUUAAAUUUAAAUUAAAUUCCAAUCCCAAACCCCUCUCUCAAAUUAAGAAAUGGAUGUCUGUAAUUUAGGGCAAGAGAUUGAAGUGCCGAAGAAUUUCACCAUUAAAGGGGUCCUCGAAUUGCUAAUGGCGAACACAGAAGAAAUCAAAGGUAAGAAGUUGAUUUCAUUGGGAAUUGGUGACCCGACAGCUCAUUCUUGCUUUAGGACAAGCUCCGCCGCUCAAGAAGCUGUUGUCGAUGCUCUCCGCUCCAACAAAUUCAAUGGCUACGCUCCCACUGCUGGUCUUCCUCAAACCAGAAUGGCAAUUGCAGAGUAUUUGUCACGUGAUCUGCCCUACGAUUUGCUGCCGGAAGAUGUUUAUGUAACGUCGGGUUGUACACAAGCCAUCGAAAUAGCAUUAUCAAUUUUAUCUCGACCGGGUGCUAACAUCUUGCUUCCGAGGCCGGGGUUUCCGGUUUACGGGCUUUGCUCUGCCUUCAGAAACCUCGAAGCCCGUUAUUUCGAUCUACUCCCCGAUAACCAAUGGGAAGUUGAUCUAACUACAGUCGGACACCUGGCGGAUCACAACACCGUGGCUAUGGUCAUCAUCAAUCCCGGAAAUCCGUGUGGGAACGUCUAUUCGUAUCAACAUUUGAAAGAGAUCGCUGAAACUGCGAAGCGGCUCGGUAUUGUUGUAAUUUCGGAUGAAGUGUAUGGGCAUCUUGCUUUUGGGAAUAACCCUUUUGUGCCGAUGGGUGUUUUUGGAUCGAUUGCACCGGUUAUUACUCUUGGCUCUCUGUCGAAGAGAUGGUUAGUGCCAGGCUGGCGUCUUGGUUGGUUGGUUACAACUGAUCCCGACGGCACUUUAAAGAGCCCAAAGUUUGUCGAGCGCCUUAAGAAGUAUUGUGACAUUUGUGGAGGUUCUGCAACCUUCAUACAGGCAGCAGUUCCAGCAAUACUUGAAGAAAAACAAGACGUUUUCUUCAGAAAAACGAUCAAUAUACUGAAGCAGACUUCGGAUACUUGUUAUCGAAAGAUGAAAGAAAUCAACUGCAUCACUUGUCCUCAUAAACCAGAAUGGUCAAUGGCAUACAUGGUAAAGCUGAAUAUUUCCAUGCUGAAAGAUAUUAGUGACGAUAUCGACUUCUGCUUCAAGCUGGCUAAAGAGGAAUCUGUUAUAAUUCUUCCAGGGCUGGCUGUAGGCCUAAAGAAUUGGCUGCGAAUCAUAUUUGCAGUUGAGCCAUCUUGUCUUGAAGAAGCAUUGGAGAGGGUGAAAUCUUUUUGCCAGCGGCAUUCGCGUUAGCAAAAAAUCGAUCGACACUGGUAAAUCGAGUGAAUAAUUAAAUUAUCAAGAAAAAAAAAAGGUAUAUCAAAACUUAUUUUUGUUGUAUGAAAAACAUAUAUAACAACUUUUGGAGUUUUCGUUUACAGAUUACACCAUAUUUUGUAGCUUAGAUUACUAAAUUACAACGAAAUGUACGAUGCUUAUAGUAUUUUUUAUUUAUUUAUUUGAUAUAUUUAUUUAUUUUUAUGGUUA